GAAGAAGGCAGAAACAUGAAAUGAAAUAAAGAAGAAAAAAUAGUAAAAAAAAAGAAACAAGGGUUCGUUCCAAUGCCCACAGGCGAGAAUGCGACAAGACAGAUGCAUGAUUGAGAUAAAUUUGGUCCAUUAAAAGUCCAAGAAAAGGGGAGAAGCUCUGCGCUGUGUUCCAAUCCACAAACCACCCACCCCAAAGCUUCUCCUCUCUCUGUGUGUCCAUUUCAAUGGAGGAAAAUUCAAGCUCUGUCACAGAAUCAACGCUCACAACCGCCAUGGAAGCAGAGCCUCAAGAAGAAGACAGAGACCCGGAAAGCAAUCCUUUAAACCAACCUCUUCUCAAGAGAAGCAGAACUCUCUCUUCCAGUCCUCUCGCCAUUGUUGGAACCAAAGUUUCUCUGAUUGAAAGCUUGGAUUACGAGAUCAAUGAGAACGAUCUGUUUAAACAUGAUUGGAGAAGCAGAUCCAGAGUUCAAGUGUUGCAGUACAUAUUCUCGAAAUGGACAUUGGCUUGUCUUGUUGGACUUCUUACAGGAAUCAUUGCUACUCUCAUCAAUCUCGCCAUUGAAAACAUUGCUGGUUACAAGCUUUUGAAAGUGGUUGAAUACAUAAAAGAAGAAAGAUACUUGAUGGGGUUUGCCUACUUUACCACUGCCAAUUUCCUUCUCACUUUGGUUGCUGCUGUUCUCUGUGUAUGGUUUGCUCCCACUGCAGCUGGGCCUGGCAUACCAGAAAUCAAAGCCUAUCUCAAUGGCAUAGAUACUCCUAAUAUGUUUGGCGCCACAACGCUGAUCGUUAAGAUAAUUGGGAGCAUUGGGGCAGUGGCAGCAGGGCUAGAUCUUGGGAAAGAAGGGCCUCUAGUACACAUUGGCAGCUGCAUUGCCUCCUUACUUGGGCAAGGCGGGACAGAUAACUAUAGAGUGAAAUGGACAUGGCUACGCUAUUUCAACAACGAUCGGGAUCGUCGAGAUCUCAUCACUUGCGGGGCGUCUUCGGGGGUUUGUGCAGCUUUCCGAGCUCCAGUUGGGGGUGUUCUAUUUGCUCUAGAAGAGGUGGCUACUUGGUGGAGGAGUGCCUUGCUGUGGAGGACAUUUUUUAGCACAGCCAUUGUUGUGGUGGUGCUAAGAACAUUCAUUGAAGUAUGCAAGGCUGGUGAAUGUGGGCUGUUUGGUGAAGGAGGGCUUAUAAUGUUUGAUGUCAGUGGCGUUUCUGUGAGUUACCGUAUUAUGGACAUCAUACCAGUUGCUAUCAUUGGCCUUCUUGGUGGGUUCCUUGGGAGUCUUUACAACCAUCUUUUGCACAAAGUUCUGAGAGUAUACAACCUCAUAAACCAGAAGGGAAAAAUGCAGAAGCUGUUACUAAGCUUAGGAGUUUCGCUCUUCACUUCAAUUUGCCAGUACAGUCUCCCUUACCUUGUCCAAUGCACUCCCUGCAACCCUUCUCUUCCAGAUUCCGUUUGCCCCACCAAUGGCCGCUCCGGCAACUUCAAGCAAUUUAACUGUCCAAAAGGCCAUUACAACGACCUCGCUACCCUUCUCCUUACCACCAACGACGACGCCGUUCGAAACAUCUUCUCCAUCAACACUCCGGCCGAGUUCCAGCCCCUUUCCCUUGUAAUCUUCUUCCUUCUCUACUGCGUUUUAGGGUUAAUCACCUUUGGCAUUGCCGUCCCCUCCGGUCUCUUCCUUCCGAUCAUCUUGAUGGGAUCUGGCUAUGGCCGACUCAUCGGCCUUCUCAUGAAACCCUACACGAAUCUCGAUCAAGGACUCUUGGCUGUUCUCGGAGCUGCCUCGUUAAUGUCCGGCUCGAUGAGGAUGACGGUUUCGCUCUGUGUUAUAUUCCUCGAGCUCACGAAUAAUCUCCUCCUGCUUCCGAUUACGAUGAUUGUCCUUCUGAUAUCGAAAACCGUCGGGGACAGUUUUAACCCUAGUAUUUAUGAGAUUAUUCUGCACUUGAAGGGGCUUCCGUUCCUGGACGCAAAUCCGGAGACGUGGAUGAGGAACAUCACCGUCGGCGAUCUCGCCGACGCAAAACCGGCGGUGGUAACGCUGCGGGGAUUGGAGAAAGUGUCUCGGAUUGUGGAGGUUCUUAAGAACACGACGCACAAUGGAUUCCCUGUAGUGGACGCGGAAGCGGUGGUGCCGCCAGUGGGGAUGGCGGUGGGCGCGACGGAGCUGCACGGAGUGGUAUUGAGAAAGCAUUUGCUGCAGUUGCUGAAGAAGAAAUGGUUCUUGAGAGAGAGGAGGAGGACGGAGGAAUGGGAAGUGAGGGAGAAAUUUACAUGGGUUGAAUUGGCGGAGAGGGAAGGGAAGAUUGAGGAACUUGCAGUGACGAAGGAGGAGAUGGAAAUGUACGUUGAUCUUCAUCCUCUGACGAACACAACGCCGUAUACAGUGAUUGAAAGCAUGUCGGUGGCCAAAGCUCUGGUUCUGUUCCGGCAAGUGGGGCUUCGGCAUUUGCUGAUUGUGCCCAAAUAUGAAGCAGCUGGGGUUCCGCCAGUAAUUGGGAUAUUGACGAGGCAGGAUUUAAGGCCAUAUAACAUCCUGACUGCAUUUCCUCAUCUAACCAGAAUCAAAAGCAACCACAAAGGGAACUAAGUGCCCUGAAUUUGCUUGCCAUUUUCUCAGAUGACAAGCAAAUUACACCUGCUUCUGCUGCAUUCCACCGUUAGUUUCUUCUUCUUUUUUUCACCAAAUUUUGUGUUCUAUUUAUUAAAUUUUACAAUAAACAACUGGAUAGUCAAUUUUGAUUUUUUUUUCUUCUUCUGUCGUUGAAAUAUAUAGUUGCGGUCAAU